AUGGACUCUGGCAAAAAAAACGACACGAAGACGAUGAUGACAUUUGGUAAUACUCAAGGAUUAGAAGGGCUCCAGAAUGUUCAAUCCAUAAUUGGACGAAAACAAUCGGUGGGUGUCCGUGGAAAACUUCUAUGUGGUAAUCAGCCAAUUUCGAAUGCCACUGUCAAACUUUGGGAUAAUGAUUUAUUUGAUCCUGAUGAUUUGAUGGCUGAAGCUCAAACGAAACCCGAUGGAAGUUUCCAAGUCGCUGGUCUAACCGUAUCGACAACGUCGAUUGAUCCCCAAAUCCGCAUUUAUCAUAACUGUCGAAACAAAAAAUCAGGAUGCAAGCGUCGAGUGACAUUCAAUAUUCCCGAUAAUUACAUCAGCAGCGGAAAUCAGGUUACUAAAUGGUUUGAAUUUGGUGCACUUAAUAUGGAAAUUGGUGUCAAAUACAAGGAAGAUCAUCAGUGCUUCUAA